AUUAGAUUGGUGUUAACGAUAUUAGCAAUAUACUUGCAGCUGACAAUAAUUCAACAUUUUGCGAAAAAUGUUACCACCGACAUACGUCGAGGGUUUUCACGAUUUGGAAGCCGUGAAAGCUAUGGAAUACAGACCUCUUGGUAAAACGGGAUUAUUGGUCAGCAAGUUAUCGUUCGGUGGUGGACCACUAGGUUGCCACUAUGGUGCAUACGACGAAGAAGAAGCUAUUGAAGCGAUACGUCAGGGAAUAAAGCAAGGGAUUAAUUACAUUGACACUGCUCCCUGGUACGGUCAAGGUCGUUCUGAAGCUAUCAUUGGAAAAGCUCUUAAAGGCAUUCCACGUAAUGCGUAUUAUAUCGCGACGAAAGUUGGAAGGUAUGACUUAGAUUACGAAAAUAUGUUUAAUUUUUCCAAAGAAAAAACUCAAAGCAGUUUCAAUAAUAGUUUAAAACUUUUGAACUUGGAUUACGUCGAUGUCAUACAGGUACACGAUAUCGAAUUCGCUCCAAGCUUGGACAUAAUAAUUACACAAACCUUACCAGAAUUAUCGAAACAAGUCGCCGAUGGUAAAGCGAAAUACAUUGGUAUUACCGGAUAUCCGGUGUCCAUUUUAGAAGAGUGUAUCAAGAAAAGUAAUAUUAAUAUAUCUUGUAUAUUGACCUAUACAAGACAUACAUUGUUAGAUAAUACCCUGAUUGCAUAUAUUCCAUUUUUUAAAGCACAAAAUAUUGGUAUAAUUAAUGCUUCUGCACCAUGUAUGGGGCUUUUGACUAAUAAAGGUCCACCAGCUUGGCAUCCUAGUUCAGAUCACACAAAAAAAAUAUGUGCAGAUGCUGCAAAAUGUUGUAUGGAUCAUGAUACAGAACUGGCUAGAUUAGCAUUAUGGUACAGUAUGCAAUGUGAAGAUAUUGCUACAUAUUUAGUUGGAAUUCAAAAUUUAAAAGACCUGUAUACGAAUCUUGAUGUUCUUAAAAAUGGUAUUACAGAAAAGGAGAAAAAUUUACUUCAAGAAAUUCGGGAAAAAUAUUUGCAUAAAAUAACAGAAAAACACUGGGAAAAUAAAGAAGUUCAGAUGUAUUGGGAAAAUAUGAAAAAGUGA